UCACCCGUGUCAAAUGUUCGUCGUUAAUGUCUCAGUGUUGGAGCUCUUCGGAUAGAGACACCAUUGCUUUGAGCCAUGGAAAAGUUUGUGCUUGUAUUAAUUUUUCUACUAGAUGUUCUAGUGUGUUUGGGUACCGGUCAGCACCAUUUACGCACACGUGCCGGACCUUGGAGACAACGGAUUCAGUGGGAGAAUAACGGUCAGGUGUACAGUUUAUUGAGCACGGGGACUCAAUAUCGCUCACCUGCGCAGGUCAGAAGGCGAACUCAGCUUUUAUUGACAACUAAAAACAGUUUUAACCGACUUCACCCUCCUGUUGCGCUCAGCAGAUCCACCAGAACCAGAUCUGGACUCCCCGAGGACGCAACCGGGGGUUACUCUCAACAGAACGAGGUCAGCCAAAUGGACGCGUCGAUUCUUGGUGCGGAUGCAGGUCCGUAUUUACUCGCCUCGGGACGACCCGGGACACUCAGCCAGUCCCCACCGCGCAUCGCAACCACAGGAGAAGUUGUGGCUGUGGGAUACCGUUCACAGCAGGCACCGUCUAACGACAGUGCUCCAGCUUUAACCACCAUUCAGGAGUUCUCCGGCAGCGGAGUCCCGAGAGGAGGUCGGAGUACACCUGGAGAUGACGCUGGCGCACAACGGGCCACUGCCUCACCGGUAAGAUCACCCGACUUUACGCACAGUCGUGGCGGCACGACAAGAUCUGAGAGCACGGAGUCAACUGUCACAGGCGGAUGGGCCACGAUGGCUGAGGAUAGUGGGAAUACACGUCGGGUCCCACAGCAAACCAGUUUAGGAGACGCUCGCAGUGCGCAAAGAGCGCACUCACUGACCAGAAUCACACCGGAGUCAAAUGUUUCUCCCACAGCGCUUUCCAGUAACUCUGUAGAAAUACACUUUCCUCGUCCAAGGCCCGACUCAACCCGGACUACGGACACGAGUGACCCACGAGAUCCGCACAGUAUUCAUCACAGAAACUCAGUUUUCUACGAUGUUUACCCACCAGACCGCAGAAACAGGAUCACCGUGCGCCCGGCACCUGGACCGGGAUAUGGCACCAGGUUCUUCCACAAUGGUCUCCCAGACUUGGUUCCUGACCCUUAUUACAUCCAAGCUGCCUCUUACAUCCAGAGGGUGCAGAUGUACGCACUUCGCUGUGCUGCUGAAGAGAACUGUCUUUCUAGGUCUGCGUAUCAUCCGAGUGUGAGGGACCUUGACUACAGAGUCCUGCUGCGGUUCCCACAGCGAGUGAAGAACCAAGGAACAGCAGACUUCCUCCCAGUGAAGCCCAGACAUGAGUGGGAAUGGCACAGCUGUCACCAGCAUUACCACAGUAUGGAGGCCUUUAGUAACUAUGACUUGCUGGACGUCUCCACUGGACAGAAGGUCGCAGAGGGACACAAGGCCAGUUUCUGUCUGGAGGACACGUCCUGUGACCCGGGAAUACGACGACGCUUUGCCUGCACAGUUCACACACAGGGGCUCAGUCCUGGUUGCUACGAUACAUAUCAUGCCAACAUCGACUGCCAGUGGAUCGACAUCACUGAUGUACCACCUGGAAACUACAUACUCAAGGUGACAGUGAACCCCUCUCAGCUAGUUCAGGAGUCAGAUUUCUCCAACAAUGAGGUGCUCUGCGACAUCAGGUACACAGGAAGCUACGUCCAGGCAAGAAACUGCAGGAUCACUGUAAGCUGACCUGACUCAAGUUUCCCUACAGGUAUUCUCUUGUUGCUCUUAAUGUACAGUUGCUACUCCGAUGUGCAGCUGAUUUACAUUUAAAUAUUUGCUACUAUAUAAAUAAAUCUGUUUGUAUUUAUGUCUUAUGAUAUAUUGUAGCUACAGUCAGGCUGGUUAGAUGUUAAGUUAUGUUGUUUUUAGCGAUGCAAGAGGAGAGCGUGAUUCAAAAAUAUAAAGAAAACAAGUCAUUCUUAAGGAAGCUGUGGGAAUUAAUUCAUACUGUAUGACUGAAUUGGUGCUCAUUUUAAAGAAAACAGUUCCUCUUUGUUGAAAUGUAUUAGUAUUUUGAGAGAAAAGAUCCUCUGUCUGAUAUUGACCACAUAUGUACUGGAGUGAAGGAUUAAUAAGUGCUGUUACAAUAUAACAAAUACUCUCAUGCUUGCCUUUUAAGCAGCAUGCCAUGUAUGAUUUUGUGCAUUUUGGUGUCUAUUACCCGAGUACAAAUGUAUAGUCUGUUCUUUUACAAUCUAAUGAAAGAGUUGAUUGUUUGAAAGUUUUUUUUAUCGUGUUUUAUAAUACAUUUUAUUUGAGUUUGGUUGGAAAAAAAUAACAUACCAAUGAAUGCCUUAUUUUGAAAAAAAAAAAAAAAAGAUCUAAAUAAUCACUACUGAUGGGAUAAUUUGAGCAAAUAUUUAACAACAUGAAGUCUUCCACUGCCCAUUUACCAUGAACAGCAGUUAACACAGGCUGAGGGCCAUUGCUGUGGGGAGUGGUACAUUUCUUAAAAGCUUUUGGAAUAACACACCUCAGAGAAAUACCUGAAAUGAUUCCACUUAGCACGUUUAUGUCGAAUGGAAACGCCACAAGCCUGUUGUUGUGUGUUUGUCAUGUUGUGUUACAGUAGAUGAAAAACAUUUAUUCACCUGGAAAUAACUCCAUGUGAGGUGUCUGGGAAUGUCUCGCUCUAUUUACACUUUGUCACGGAUUUAUUAGGGACACCGUCUGACUGGUGCUAUAUGUGGAGAUGUAUAAAUAAUCACCACAGCUAUUUAUAAAAAACCACACAAUUCGAUCAUUUAGCUGUAUUUGAGCAGUUCUCUUUGCAGUCCAGUACAAAUAUAUUGCUUCAGAGUCCUGUAAUGUUAAAUACAGAGCGUGAAGGUAAAAGGUUUUUAGGUUUUUGACUGUACAAACUCUAAUUUGUUACAGUACCACAAUUCUCACAAUAGCUCAAGAUAGUCAUAUUAUUUUAAUAAAUUCAACAGAGUAAAUUUGUGGAAGAUUUUCUUCUUUCCUUCUUUCAUGCCUUGAUGAAAGAAAGAAAUAGUUUCAGGAUGUUAAUGAGAUGAAAAUGCAGGCAGGUGGGAGCUGAGGUCAGGGAAUAUUCUCUCUACUCUGUACAGCAUCUGUUUCUGUACUAGACUUCAUGGUAAUUGUAAGAGUCUGUUUUCAAAAGGUUGCUGUGUGUCUCUCAAAUGAAGACCUCCAUCUGUUAUUCUACACUUUGAAAGUUAUGAAGGCGCCCAGAGAACCAGCAGACUGUUGGGAUGUUCACACUGCGUCAACAUUAGUGUAGUCUGCUACUCAAACACACAGAUACAGUGGUGAAGUAUAUGUUCAGAUCCUUUACUUGAAGGUCCAGUGUGUAACAUUUAGGAGGAUCUAUUGUCAGAAUAUAAUAUUCAUAGGUAUGUUUUCAUUAGUGUAUACUGAAUAAAGGAAUUGUUAUGUUUCUGUUA